AGUGGUUAGAGAGUUAGAGUUAGAGAGAGAGAGAGAGAGAGAGACUCUUCCACACAGCACACGCACACGGAGAGCCACGCGCGCGCCUCGGACAGCGGACUCGUAUUCGUCACUCGUACUUUUUUUCCUUCCUCCAGAACCUCUUUAAUCCCCAAUGAAGCGUGAUGUUAUGCUGUUAAAGUCUUCUACCUGACAACAUUGGCUCGUUUUUUUCCGCCAUGAGCUGCUUGGAUGUCAUGUACCAAGUGUACGCGCCGCCUCAGCCUUACUUCACUCCAACUUACAGCCCGUACCAUCAUCAUCCUCAUCCUCAUCCUCACCACCAGAAAUUGGCUUUCUAUUCCAAAAUGCAAGAAGAACCCGUAAGUGGAGGAAACUCGUUCUCCAGUCAUCCUGCUCCCACUAUAAAGGAGGAGGACUGUGCGCCGGAGAAGGAGCAGCCACCCGAGGCUGAAUACAUCAGCUCACGAUGUGUCCUCUUCACCUACUUCCAGGGAGACAUCAGCUCGGUGGUGGACGAACACUUCAGCCGCGCUCUGAGCCAAACCAGCAGCUACGGCCCUGCUUCAGCCAGCGGCAACAAACCCACACGAGGAGCCUGGAAAGACGGAUCAUUCCCGAUGAGCCAACGCAGUUUCCCUCCGUCCUUCUGGAACAGCGCGUACCAGCCGUCAGUCACAGCGUCUUUAAGCAGCGCUCUGGGUGCGUCCCACACCGACCUGCCGUUCCCUGCUGACCCGUACUCCAGCGCUUCGUUACACAGCCACCUCCACCAGGCGACGCCGGAAUCCUGGCACCCGACACACCACCACCACCACCAUCAUCCUUACCCGCUCGGAGGCUCCAUCAGCGCUCAGAGCUCGGCUUAUCCUCGGCCUACAGUGCACGACGUGUACGGGACGCACUUUGACCCGCGGUACAGCUCUCUCCUAGUGCCCUCGGUGCGACCACACAGACUCCCUCCGGCCACCGUGCCCGCUCCCGGACCCUCGCCGUGUGACAUCAGCAAGAGCGAUCCGGCCAGCUCGGCAUGGACCGGAGCUUUCACCGGGACGGGAUCCGAUAUGGGACAGAGCCUCAGCCUGAACGUGGACGCAGGUCUGCAAAACCAGGAUAAAAGCAAGGACUUGUAUUGGUUUUAGUGACCUGCCUGCCUUCCUGUCUGCCUUCCUGCCUCCCUGCCCGUUCCAGCCUCGGCUGAUCUCUGUCUCUCUGUGCCUUUUCGCUUAGGCCACAGCAGGCUUGUCUUUUUAUUUCUUCCCUGUAACAGAUUGUGAUCUCACUUGCAGCUCGGCGUUACACGCUCUGCAGCGGGGGCAUCCUGAGCUGAAAUCACACCGCGCUGGAUAAACCUGAAAGCUCUUCCAGAGCGGAGAAACAGAGACGGAAAAAGAGAGAUAUAUAAAGAGAGAGAGAGACGAAACUCGUCGGAGGAACGACUUUCCAGAAAUACACGCCCGGUGGUGUGACCGGCAGCUGUUCUCUCCACAGCAGACACACGUCCAAGAGACAUAAAAAAGAUGAACAAGCGCUUCAUUCUGGGAUGCGUGAGAACCGAAACGUCAGAAGUGAUCACAACGUCCUUCACAACAGGGACCACGGCCAGCGUCAAAGACAGGACAGGGUCUUAUUGCAAAUUUUUUUUUUUUUUUUUUUAGAAACGAGAGACUCCGACGAGAGAGCAGCAUUCCCUGUCGUAUAUUACAGAAGAGACCGGAGGCUAUUUGAAGCCACUUGACUCUAUCUAUAUUGCUCUCGACAGCUGUCAUCGACAACUGGCUUGGAGCUCAGCGGACACACACACACACACACACACUCGCAGCGUCUCACUGCACCGCCUCUUGGCCUGGAAUUUUUUUUUUUAAUAAAAGGAGUGGUUUGUUGAACACACUCGCGUGGAAACAAGUUGUUUGUGAGUUAAGGAUAAACAAAAGGAGAAGAGUGGACACAUGAGGAAGUGCCAGCAGAUGGACACACACACACACACACACUGUUUCAAUGUUGCUGUAUAUACUCCAUGUGUCUGAAUGUGAAGUCGGCUCGUUGCUGUGAACACACUGCCAAAAACCUGCUGUUCGGAUUUCAGUCAUCACCGGCUCACUAGCUUCGUUUACACACAGCCCGAGAAAUUUAAAACAAAUUUACAUCCAUCACACCGUCGAGAUUUUUAUAUCCGACACGGCCUUGGAGAACGCCGUUUUGUUCUACUGUGCAAUCGAAUACGGCUCGCUCGACGACAAAGCAUGCGAAACUCUCCACUUUUCUGAUUUCCGAUCUCCUUUGAUAUAUUAUAACGUUAGAUAAAACACUGGGGAGACGUUUAUAAAGGUUUCAGCAGCCCGAGGAGACGUUACAAAUAGGUUUAAGAGUCUGAAAAGAUGUUUUAAAAAGGGUCUUCAAUCCUGAGGAGACGUUAAAAAUAGGUUUCGGAGUCUGAGUACACUUUUAAAAAGGGUCCGAAAUUCGUAAGACACGUUAAAAAUAGGUUUAAAAGUAUGAGGACACAGAAAUUUUUUCAUUUAAAACUGUUUAACAUGACUUAUUAAUUGACUCGUUAUUUAAUUGAGAUUUAGAUUUGUGUUCAGCUGAAAACUGGUGCCUCAAGUUUGCUGUAAAAACUUUAGAAACAUCAUGUCAUCAGAUAAAAGUCGGAAAUGACGUUUUAAAAAUAGCUUUAGUCCGAGGACACGUUUAGAAAUCGGACAAAAAUUUUCAUUCGGAACCUGAAAUUUCUUUUUGAAAAUCCUUAUGCAAAGUAAGGACGUUGUCGAUUUCUUGAAUAGUGGCUUGUUUCAAGGCCGUUAUUUAUUUACAUGCAAAUUUGUGAAAUCGAUCCUUUCUGCUAGGGCUGAAGGAGCUGGAUCACGAAGCAUCAGGUUUUGUACAAACUUGUCUGGAGGGUGCUGCAAGCAAUAUUAUGACUUAAGAUAAAAGUCUGAGACGACGUUAAAAAAGGCCUGAAGGCAAGUUAAAAAAUAGCUUUAGAAGUCUGAGAAUAGGUUUAAAAAUUUAAUUCGUAAAUUCUGAGCACAUGAUAAAAAUUCAGAGAAAUGUUUCAUUUAAAACUGGAAAAUUAUAGUUUAUAAAUUAUAUAUUAUAAAGAAUUUUGCUGCGAAGAAAGGGCGUGUCUGAUAGCUUGAAUAGUGACUUGUUUCGAAGUUGUUAUUUCCAAGGGAAUUAGUGUUCAGACGAGACUCCGAGAGACUUGGAUCAUGUUUCAUACAAAUUUGUGGCUCAGUUUGCUAUAAGGAUUUUGUUUAUGAUAACAUUAAUGAUUUGUUUAUGAAAAUUAGGAUUUGUUUCAGUUUUUUUUUUUUUUUUAAUUAUUAUAACACUAGAUAAAACUUUUAAAGUCCAAGGAUGUGUUUUGGAAAUUUUGGAAGAAAAUUUUUGGGAACAUAUUUUUGGAGAAUUUUGAGAAUUUUUCUACCUAAAAAGGCCAUGUCCGAUAUCGUCUAUAUCAAAUUAUUUUCAUGCAAAUUAGUGAACUCGAUCCUUUCUGCUGUGGUCAGUAUGAAGCGUCCAGAAGACAUUCAUUCAGCGUCAGCUUUCCAGUGUCAUUAAAGCAAAAAGGACUUUUUUUAGAUACUAAGAAAUGCAUAUAUAAAAAUUUCUGAAAAUCUUUUGCCCGUUCCUGAUAAAAGCUGAUCAUUUCUAAUCAAAAAAUAUUAUUCGAAAUCAGACAGGAAUGCGAUAUGAAGGCAUCGUUACCUCGGUGCUCUGUGAUUUAAUUAUCAGUGAAAAUUAGAAAAUAAAUCAACGGUUUUGGAACAAAUCAGUCAGAACAAAUGUACAAAUUUGUCGCAACGUCUUUUAAUUAAAAAAAAUCUAUAUAUUUUCUCUAAAUCGAACAGAUUUCAGUAGACUGACUCAGGCUUCUAUAAUAUUAUACAAUAUAUUAGGCAUAUAUUAUUCACAAGAAUCGCAAAAAGUGACAAUAUUAACAAAAAUCUGUCAGAAAAAAAUACACAAAACUGGCUUUUGUUCCAAAAAUUUUAAGUUAAAAACUUUAUUUAUUUUAUUUUAUUUAGGCGGUAAAAAAAAAAAAUCUGUCUUUCACCCUCAUAGGUGGUUUUGAUGACAGUUGUCAUUUUCAACAGGUUUACAGUCAAUUUCAUUAUAAAUAAAUCAACAUUAUAAAUAAAUAAACAAACAAACAAAUAAACAAACAAAUAAAUAAACAACACAUAAACAAACAAAUAAAGAAAUAAAUAAAUAGGUGUCUGAGAUCAGAGUGAAAUCUCUGUGUGUAAACGCAGCCCGUGUGACCAGUGUGACCAGUCCCGGUGGUGUAUUUGAACAUAUUACACUAAUUAAUAUAUUACCUUGUUAACAUUUUUUUUUCCUUCUUGAGGAAAGUUCAGUGUUUAUCUGAUUUAUCUCUACCGUCUGUCUCCAUGCUAACGGAGUGGACCUGUGUCAUAGACGCUACUCUCGCCGUCAUCUUUCAGUACCAAAAAAAUAAAUAAAUAAAUAAAAAAUAUAAAUAAUGCAUGCACACUGCUGUAAAUUCUAAUUUUCUAAUUUCUCGGAAAAUUCGGGAAACAUUUUAACAAAUCAGUGGUGAUGAAGGAAAGGAGAAUAAAAAAAAAAAAAAAAAAAGAAACUUUAAAUUAUUAUACUUUUUUUUUUUUUUGAAUCUUUUUCAUAAAUCCUACCUGGGCAUUUGCACGAGGCAGCCUUGAGCAUCUGAUGAGAAGUUUUCUUGAAGAAAGUUUCCAGAAGGAACCUCAGGAACCUUCUCAACCUUUUCAUAGUGACCUUCCCUGUGUAUGUUAUUACCGGUGUACAUAAAGGCUCUAUGUCGAGAGUCUGCUGUAUUAAUAAAUUGAAAAGACGAA